AUGAACAGGACAACCCCAAAAGCCAAUAACAAUCAUGUUCCAGUACAUCAUCCUCGGACUAACUCACCCUACCCCUUGUCUCCCAAGACUAUCUCGUUGUCAUGCUUGGCAUUGUUCAUGCUCGAGGUAGCUCUGGUAGAAGCAAUGGAAUUUUCGGCUACCGCAGGUCGAUCGGCCAAGUUUGCCAACCAUACCCCCAAAGCGGGCCAAGAAUCUUCGGCAACUUUUCUGGAAUCCGGGACAGCGAGUUGGUCAAAAAAGCCCAGGGUUGAGAAUGAAGUACGCCUGGCUCGAGGAGGCCCAAGUCCCCUUGCUGAAGAGCAGCUCAAAAACUCUGGAGACCCAUCAAAGCUUGAAAACUUGAAGAAACUCAGUGGCAUCCAGAGGUUUUGGAAAAAAUUGAUGAGAAUUUUGAUGGCAUUUUUCAAGCCUACCAAGCCAGUCAAGGAAGGUCAAUCUCAAGUGUGUUCCCCUCCUUCUAACAUCAUUUUAUAA